GUGGCACUCCCUGUCCGCAACAGUAAACACGAAUUAUUAAAAAAAAAAAAAGCAUGACAAUACAUAACACUUGACUAUACAUAGAACACCACACCACGCCCAUAUUGUUUUUUUUGCAGGAAAAGUUAUUUAUCCUGUGUGGUUCUGUUAUUUUAUUAUUGAAGGUUUUAGUUCUCUGGUGGGCGUUUUUUAUUGGUCAUCUUUACAAAAACAUUUCUCUAAAAUAAAAAGGGACAUGCACAGGUGGAGCCGUCAACUAUGCAAAUAAGCAUAACUCGCCUCAAGCAAUGGAAGUAAGCCAAAGAAUGAUUCAAAUGAAUAGGUAAGUGCAACAACAGUGUAGUAUUACUGUCCAUCGUUGUGUGAAACUGCAAAGCCGGUCUGAUCACUGCAGUGCGUCAGUUUGUAUUGAGGGGUUAGCAUGGCACUGACAGGGCUCCGGAAGACCGUGAACUUCAUGAACAGCAUUGUUGGAGUCUCUGUGCUCACUCUUCCUUACUGCUUCAAACAGUGUGGUCUAGUUCUGGGGACCCUGCUGUUAAUCUUUUGGUCAUGGCUCACAUAUGAAUCGAGUAUGAUGGUAGUGAACACUGCACUGAAAACCAGUAAGAAAACAUACUGCGGACUGGCUCAGCUGUCCUUUGGCAAAAUUGGGAAAUUAACAUCUGAAAUAUGUAUCCUUGGAUUCAUGAUGGGGGUCUGCACUGCUUUCCAUGUGGUGAUGGGAGAUCUGGCAGUUCACCUUUUACAAGGGUUAAUCGGUGAGGAGGUCACCCAGAACCAGCGUGUGCUUCUUAUUUUUGCCAUCGGCUGGCUUGUUGUUCUUCCUCUCAGCCUGACACUAACCAGCGACUCAAUCCUCUUGUCAACCACAGCAGUAGUCGGCUUUACUUGCUUCAUGGUUGUGACUUUAUUUCACUGCUGUCACAGACUGCUCUCCAGUGGUCAGGAGGUGCAGGUGAGAUUCUGGAUUUCGGAUGGUUUGCUGGAGUGUCUGCCUAUCUAUGGAACUGCCUUCAGCUGCCACCCACAGCUGUUGCCAGUGGUUUGUGUGAAAGGCCUUGACGUUUCAGAGCAGCACACAACGCAUGCCAUUAAGCAUGCAUUUGCUGCAACCUUAGUGUUUUACACAUUGGUUGGAUCAUGUGGCUACGUGUGCUUUAUGGAUGCUGUGAAAGGUAACAUUCUCUCUAACCUGCCCUCCAGUGCCAUGAUGGAGGGGGUGCAUGUGGUGCUCUUGAUCUCCGUGGUGAUGAGCAUUCCUUCGAUAAUCCAGCCCUGUCGUCAGGCCAUCGGCACACUGCUCUUCGAGCAGCAGGUAAACGGCACUUUCUCAGUUAAAGGAGACAUGUCUCUCUGCCAGCACAUUGCAACCACAUCCAUUCUGCUUUUCCUCACAAUGACUGCGGGGAUCCUGGUACAGGAUGUGGAGACCGUGCUAGGAGUUGUGGGCACCACCACUGGAGCGAUUAUCUGCUACAUAUUCCCAUCUCUAAUGCAGUCCAAACUGAGAAAAGGAACUGUCAGUGGAAAGAUUGUCCUAACAGUUGGAAUUAGUUUACUUAUUACUCCAGUCUAUGCCAACAUUGCUCGAGUUAGCAAGGAAGGAAUCAAACUUGAGCCUAUGCGAAAAGUUCUAUCACUGUUUGAGCUAAAAGCAACAACCCAGCCAACCCUGUGGACUGAAAACACAGUGAGAAUCCUAAUGAACGAACAAACCCCCAAUACUGCACUGAACGAAGAGAAAGGAACGGAGUACAGCACUUCAGACGCUGGUCUCCAUGACGACACCCAUCAGAAACGAACUCCGCAAAGGAACCAGAGCGAAAUAAAUGCAAGUUCUGAAAAUACCUUAGGACCUUACCCAACCCCUCUGCGUUUUUUAUUAAAAACUCCCAGAAACAUGUCCAGCUUUACUUGAGAACGUUUUAAUAAUGACACAAUGAAAGACCAAGUCAAGGCUGUACUGUGCUGUGUUUAAUAUAGAUAUCUCCAGCGAUUUUGCAAGGUUUAAAGAGAACACCUUUGAUGAACAAGAAUGCUCUUUCUUCUGAAACGUUGACACUAAUAAAUAAAACAUGUAAAAUACAGUAUGAUUAACAGAAGCCGGCACUACAUGAUACACAAGGGCGGCUGUUCCCCCAGCCUGCAGCUGCACCAGUAAUUCUGCACUAGGCUACAGUACCUCCCACGUUUCCAUGGAAACAGUGCCUUCUCAGACCAAGCCUGCCUCUUGACUUAUCAACUUAUGUUGGUUUUAUAACAGCAAAAUUUGGGCUUUGGAUAGUUUAUAAUAAUAGCAUUGCUUUGUAGAGAGAAAAAAGUACUACACUUUUUUUGUAGUAAAAUAACCUACAAUGCUAUGGAAAGACAGACCUGCAGAGGUGUGUCUGUUGAUUGAGUGAUUACUCCUCAUGUAGUUUCAGUUACCUUGAAACCAAUAGCAGUCAACUCUUUCUUUCUAGUUUAUAUGUAUUACGCAUUGUUCCUCACUAUCUUGUAAAGCACUUUGUGAUGGUGGUCCACUAUGAAAGGCGCUAUAUAAAAUAAAGAUUGAUUAUUAUUAUUAUUAUUAUUACUAUUAAUGUACUGUGUUAUUUUCUCAAAACUAAAUGAACAUGAGCAUGGAACUGAAUCUUACUAUAGGACAAUGUUAUGUGGUCUACUGUACACAAAAUUAAAUACAAUGAUACAAUAACUGCAUUCAGAAAUACAGCUAGGGUUGCAGGGUUUCUCUUCAUAUGGUAAUACUGGAAUUAAAUUAAACCUUAAGGCUUGAGUUUCAAAGAAUCGUACAGCAUAUGGAGAGGCUGUGUGGUCCAGUUUAAAGAAAAGGGCUUGUAACUAGGAGGUCCCCAUUUCAAAUCCCACCUCAGCCACUGACUCAUUGUGUGACCCUGAGCAAGUCACUUAACCUCCUUGUGCUCCGUCUUUCGGGUGAGACCUAUUUGUAAGUGACUCUGCAGCUGAUGCAGAGUUCACACACCCUUGUCUCUGUAAGUCGCCUUGGAUAAAGCUAAAUAAACUAAUAAUAAUAAUAUGAA